AGAUGGCGGAUGGCGUGGACCACAUAGACAUCUACGCGGAUGUGGGCGAGGAGUUCAACCAGGAAGCUGAAUAUGGUGGGCAUGAUCAGAUAGAUUUGUAUGAUGAUGUCAUCUCUCCAUCUGCAAAUAAUGGAGAUGCCCCAGAAGACCGUGAUUACAUGGACACUCUCCCACCAACUGUUGGUGAUGAUGUGGGUAAAGGAACAGCACCAAAUGUUAUCUAUAUGUAUACUGGAAAGAGAAUUGCAUUGUAUAUUGGAAAUCUAACAUGGUGGACAACAGAUGAAGACUUAACUGAAGCAGUUCAUUCUUUGGGAGUGAAUGAUAUUCUGGAGAUAAAAUUUUUUGAAAAUCGGGCAAAUGGCCAGUCAAAGGGGUUUGCCCUUGUUGGUGUUGGAUCUGAAGCAUCCUCAAAAAAGUUAAUGGAUCUGUUGCCUAAAAGAGAACUUCAUGGUCAGAAUCCUGUUGUAACUCCAUGCAAUAAACAGUUCCUGAGUCAAUUUGAAAUGCAGUCCAGGAAAGCUACACAAUCAGGACAAAUGUCUGGGGAAGGUAAAGCUGGUCCUCCAGGAGGCAGUUCACGUGCAGCAUUUCCACAAGGUGGUAGAGGACGGGGCUGUUUUCCAGGGGCUGUUCCCGGUGGGGACAGAUUUCCUGGACCAGCAGGACCAGGAGGGCCACCCCCACCUUUUCCAGCUAGACAGACUCCGCCACGUCCACCCUUGGGCCCCCCAGGCCCACCUGGUCCACCAGGUCCUCCACCUCUGGAUCAGGUUCUGCCUCCCCCUUUAGCUGGGCCUCCUAAUCAUGGAGAUCGCCCUCCACCUCCAGUUCCAGGCUACGGCCCCCCUCCUGGCCCACCACCUCCACAACAGGGACCACCUCCACCUCCAGGCCCCUUUCCACCUCGCCCACCCGGCCCUCUUGGGCCGCCCCUUACACUUGCUCCUCCUCUGCAUCUUCCUGGACCACCUCCAGGUGCCCCACCAGCUCCACAUGUGAACCCGGCUUUCUUUCUUCCACCGACUAACAGCGGCAUGCCUACAUCAGAUAGUUGGGGCCCACCACCAACAGAUCCGUAUGGCCGACCCCCACCCUAUGACAGGGGUGACUAUGGGCCUCCUGGGAGGGAAAUGGAUACUGCAAGAACGCCAUUGAGUGAAGCUGAGUCUGAAGACAUUAUGAAUAGAAAUAGGGCAAUCUCAAGCAGUGCUAUUUCAAGAGCUGUAUCUGAUGCCAGUGCUGGUGAUUAUGGGAGUGCUAUUGAGACAUUAGUAACUGCAAUUUCUUUAAUUAAACAAUCUAAAGUAUCUGCUGAUGAUCGUUGCAAAGUUCUUAUUAGCUCUUUGCAAGAUUGCCUUCAUGGAAUUGAAUCCAAGUCUUAUGGUUCUGGAUCAAGAAGACGUGAACAAUCAAGAGAGAGGGACCAUAGUAGAUCACGAGAAAAGAGUCGGCAUCAUAAAUCCCGUAGUAGAGAUCGUCAUGAUGAUUAUUAUAGAGAGAGAAGCAGAGAACGAGAGAGACACCAGGAUUGGGACCGAGACCGGGACCGAGACCGGGACCGAGACCGAGAACGGGACCGAGAGCGCGAGUAUCGUCAUCGUUAGAAGAAGCUGAAGGAAGAGGAACACCUUCCAAGACAAAACAGUCUUCAUGGGGGAAAAAUGAUGCUUGUCCAGCAGUUUGCUUCUUGUGAUUGAACUGAACCUGUAAGGAUUCAUGGAUAAAAUGAACAGGAAUAGAUCUGAAUAAAGCAAAUCUGCAUAAAUGGUAACCAGUAGCUCUACUUUUAUUUUUUAUGUUGCUUAACUGUUUUAUUUGAAGGAAACCUGUGUGAUUUAAAAAGUUAUAGCUUUUGCAACUUUAUUACUGGUUAUAUACAUUUGGCCAUUAUAAUGUGCAAGCAAUUGGAAAAAAACCGUCAAUUAAAUGCUUGUUUUUAUAGUAGUUUGUUCUUGUUAAAAAUGUUCAUAUGAUAAUGUCUGUAAACAGCACCACUUUGAUUACAAUAGAUGUAGUGUUGUAAUAAACUGUUUAAUGGGGA